AUGGAGAAAGAUCUUAGUGAGCUGCUGGAAUUCCUGCAUGAUCAAAACCAAGAUGCAAGAAGGCUUGCAUUGAAAGCUCUUCUUGGCUACACGGCCCCUGCGUCCGAAUUUCAGUCCAUCUUCAAAUCCAAUGCCAUGAAACCGGUACAAGAUCUCAAGUCAUUGUGCAGAAACGAGACGUUAAUUGCACAUGAUGCCUUCAAAGCUUUAAUAAAUCUGUCAGGUGAUAAGGAUGUAUGCAGAGAACUAAGUGAAGACAAUUACAUCGGAUUUGUAAUAGGAACAAUAACGAAUGCCGCGGCAGUUCUUGCUGACUUGGCGUGCAUGCUACUAUCAAAUACAACAAAGCAUGAACUCGCAGCCAAGAAGAUUCUUGACGCAGAAAUACAACCAACCGAUGAGCUGUCGUCAUCUACGAGAGCAAUAGACCAGCUACUUGACGCUUUUGUCAAGGGCGCCAAUAGUUCUUAUAAUAAGAACGCAAAUUUUCAUUUUUUGGCUAGCGUAUUUGCUGAUGUUACAAUUCUACCGCAGGGACGCGACUACUUUACUACCCCUGCAGGAUACGACGGAGUUAUCCCAUUAGCAAAGCUCGUUGUUUUUACCGAGCAUCAAAACAUCAUACGGAGAGGCGGGGUAAUUUCGGCAAUCAAAAAUUGCUGCUUCGCCAUAGAUAAACAUAACGGCCUGCUGGAUGAAUCAAAUAUCAAUUUACUUCCAUAUAUAUUAUUGCCUCUUUGCGGACCAGAAGAAUUUAGCGAUGAGGAUAUGGAAGGAAUGCCAGAAGAAAUUCAACUUCUUGCAGCGGACAAGACCCGUGAACCUGAUGCACGAUUACGGCAAACGUUAGUGGAGACGCUACUCUUACUUACGACUACACGGCCUGGACGAGUUGUAUUAAGAAAGAAAAAAGUCUACCCAGUCGUUAGACAAAUGCACUUGGUUGAGGGUGAUGAUGCUACAAAAGAGGCAAUUGAGAGAUUGGUCAACAUGUUGAUGCGUGAUGAGCAGAACGGAUCAUCAAAGAUUGAUAACAUCAUGUGGGAUAGAAGUGAGGAGAUUGCAAAUUCUCAAAUCAAUAUAAAGAUAAAUCUUGUUGACGAUAUUACAAAUUCUACCAGAUUAGUGACCGACAAAACUACAAUCCCAUUGACGGAAUUUGCUAUCAGUCUUUAG